AUCGGUUCUCUACUGGACGAAGCCUUCCUGGUGUUGGAUGUUCCCUUUUUUAUUUACUUGGCUUUUCAUUGUCUUGGUGAAAUUACUUUUAAGGCCCAUGGAAGUUUGAUAAAAGGUGAUCAAAUGGAUUUAAUGAGGAAAUGUGGCUGCGCGCUGGUUUUACUCAGCGUCUCCGCCUGCGCGUCAAAGCUUCUGGGCGACAUUUACGAGCCCAGAGGCCAGCAGAUAUGCAAGCGUGGCACUGAGAAGCCCUGCUAUAAAAUUGCCUAUUUUCAAGAUGCUCGGCGUAAACUCAACUUUGAAGAUGCGAGUCGAGCCUGCUUGAGUGAUGGUGGAGAUCUUCUCAGUAUUGAGUCUAAGACUGAGCAGAUACUGAUAGAGAACUUCAUCCAUGAACUGAAAGCAUCAGAUGGAGACUUUUGGAUCGGGCUCCGUAGGGAUCAAGGCUAUGAGGAGAUAAAUGGAGACUGUCCUUCUCAAUACUAUUGGCUGGAUGGAAGCCAAGCAACCUUCAGGAACUGGCACUGGGAUGAGCCUUCCUGUGGGUUUGAGGUGUGUGUGGUGAUGUACCAUCAGCCCUCUGCUCCUCCGGGUCAAGGUGGGCCUUACAUGUUCCAGUGGAAUGAUGACAAUUGUGAAACCAAAAACAACUUUAUCUGCAAGUACACCAAAGAUAAACCUCCAGCACCCAUCCCUGCAGAAAAUAGAACAUUUGAAGAUGCUCUUCCAACACCCAAAAUACCCAGAAACCCCUCUGUCACAGAGAAGGAUGAUGGCAUGAGGGUGCUCGUAUCUGAACCUCCAGGUGAAUCUUGUUCUCACAGACAGGGUUGA